AUGCUGGGGCGGCGGCGGCAGCAGCGGCGGGGGGCGCGCGCCAGCUACAGCCCCUACCGGUCCGCUCUGCCAGGCGGGGACCCCAGCGUCGUGCUCCUGGAGCUGCCUCGGAAGGAAGGGUCCGAUGCUUCGUCCCUGGGACCUGGUCUAGAUGCUCCAGGCACCGUCUCCGCUGCCAAGGCCACGGGCACCCUCAAGCGGCCCACGAGCCUGAGCCGCCAUGCCAGCGCGGCCGGCUUCCCCCUGUCUGGUGCCACUUCCUGGGCGCUGGCCCGGGGCUACCGCAGCCCCAUCUCGUCUGCCAGCCCGUCCGAGUCCCUGGCCGAGGGCCCCGGCCCGGACGCCACAGAGGAUGUCUCCCACCUGCUGGCCGAUGUGGCUCGCUUCGCCGAGGGCCUGGACAAGCUUAAGGAGUGUGUUCUGCGCGAUGAACUCCUGGAGGCCCGCCGGCCGCUGGCCCAUGAGUGCCUGGGUGAGGCUCUGCGGGUGUUACGCCAGGUGGUAGUCAAGAACCCGCUGCUGAACACCGUGGAGACCCUUACAGCUGCCUGCAAUCUCAUUGCCAAGACCAAAGCUUUCCAUUACGAGUGCAACAAUGAAUCGGACAAGCAGGAGUUCGAGAAGGCUCUGGAGGCCGUUGCCGUCACCUUCAGCGGCACCGUGUCCGAGUUCAUCUUGGGUGAAGUGGACGUUAGCACCCUCCUGUCGGUCCCUCCUGGGGACCCGAGCCAGUCCAUGGAGAACCUGUGCAGACAGGGGGGCGACAGCAGCACCCCAGCGGGCACGGAGGACUGGGAACCAGGCUGCCCGCCCCCGGAAGAGGUGGACAUGCUGCUGCAGCGCUGUGAGGGCGGCGUGGAGGCGGCGCUGCAGUACUCCAAGAACAUGGCCAAGUACAUGAAGGAUCUCAUCGGCUACCUGGAAAAGCGCACCGUGCUGGAGAUGGAGUUCGCCAAAGGCCUGCAGAAGAUCGUUCAAAACUGCCGACAGGGCAUCACGCAGGAGCCCCACAUGCCACUUCUGUCCAUCUACUCGCUGGCCCUGGAGCAGGACCUGGAGUUUGGCCACGGCCUCGUGCAGGCGGUGAGCACGCUACAAACGCAGACUUUUAUCCAGCCCUUGAACCUGCGGAGGCUGGAACAUGAAAAGCGCAGAAAGGAGAUUAAGGAGAUGUGGCACCGUGCCCAGAGGAAGCUGCAAGAGGCAGAGUCGAAUCUGCGCAAGGCCAAACAGGGCUACAUGCAGCGCUGCGAGGACCAUGACAAGGCUCGCUCCUUGGUGGCCAAGGCGGAGGAGGAACAGGCUGGCUCUGGGCCCGGGGCCGGCGGCACCGUCUCGAAGGCCCUGGACAAGCGGCGGCGCCUGGAGGAGGAGGCCAAGAACAAGGCAGAGGAAGCCAUGGCCACCUACCGCACCUGCGUAGCUGAUGCAAAGACACAGAAGCAGGAACUGGAGGACACCAAGGUGACGGUGCUGCGGCAGAUCCAGGAGGUCAUCCGGCAGAGUGACCAGACCAUCAAAUCGGUGACCAUCUCCUACUACCAGAUGAUGCAGAUGCAGACGGCGCCGCUGCCCGUGCACUUCCAGAUGCUGUGUGAGAGCAGCAAGCUGUACGACCCGGGCCAGCAGUACGCCUCGCACGUGCGCCAGCUUCAGCGAGGCGAGGAGCCCUACGUGCAUUACGACUUCGAGCCCCACAUCCCCACCAACUCCUGGUCUCCAGUCAUGCACGUCCGCAAAGAGAGCUUCAGCGGAGGGGAAGCUGUGGGGGCCGAGGCAGCGGGCACCCCACCAGAGGAAGGGGUGCAAGCCAAGGAGCCCAGAAGUGAACGCGGCCACAAGGUACAUAAGUCUUGGCCCAGCUCCGUGUCAGACCCAGAGAGUGGCCUGGACCCCAGCACUGGCUCAGGAGACUUUAAGAAGUUCGAGCGAACAUCGUCCAGCGGUACCAUGUCCUCCAGCGAGGAGCUGGCGGAGCAGGAAGGUGGUCCCGGGGCUGCCACCUUCGAACAGGAGGACCUCAGCGCCAUGGCCCCCGAGCUGCCCGUGCCCGUGCCCAGCGGUCCCUUCCGCCACGUGGGUCUGUCCAAGGCAGCACGCACGCACCGGCUCCGGAAGCUGCGGACGCCGGCCAAGUGCCGGGAGUGUAACAGCUACGUCUACUUCCAGGGCGCCGAGUGCGAGGAGUGCUGUCUGGCCUGCCACAAGAAGUGUCUGGAGACGCUGGCCAUCCAGUGCGGCCACAAGAAACUGCAGGGCCGCCUGCAGCUCUUCGGCCAAGACUUCAGCCAGGCAGCCCGCAACACCUCCGACGGCGUGCCCUUCAUCAUCAAGAAGUGCAUCUGUGAGAUCGAGCGGCGCGCACUGCACACCAAGGGCAUCUACCGGGUCAACGGGGUGAAGACCCGUGUGGAGAAGCUGUGCCAGGCCUUUGAGAACGGCAAGGAGCUGGUGGAGCUGUCACAGGCCCCGCCCCACGACAUCAGCAAUGUCCUCAAGCUCUACCUGCGCCAGCUGCCCGAGCCGCUCAUUUCAUUCCGCUUCUACCACGAGCUUGUGGGGCUGGCCAAGGACAGUCUGAAGGCGGAAGCCGAGCUCAAGGCGGCCUCCCGGGGCCGGCUGGAUGCGGCCGAGACUGAGGCUGCAGCGGUGGCCAUGGCCAGCCGGCUGCGGGAGCUCUUGCGGGACCUGCCGCGUGAGAAUCGUGCCACCCUACAGUAUCUUCUGCGCCAUCUGCGCAGGAUUGUGGAGGUGGAGCAGGACAACAAGAUGACCCCCGGGAACCUGGGCAUCGUGUUUGGACCCACACUGCUGCGGCCACGCCCCACAGAGGCCACCGUGUCCCUCUCAUCCCUGGUGGAUUAUCCCCACCAGGCCCGCAUCGUGGAGACCCUCAUUGCCCAGUAUGGCCUGGUCUUUGAAGAGGAGCCAGAAGAGCUGUCCCCGCAGGACGGGCCAGCCAGCCAGCGGGCAGAAGUGGUGGUGCAAGUGUCAUACCCGGAGUCCAGCGAGGAGGCCGAGGAUGCAGGUCAAGAAUCUCGCGUCGCCUCCAACGACUCAGACUCAGAACUGGACGAGACCCCGGACCCGCUGGACUCCUCCGUGGACAGUGCGCUCCAGCACCUCAGCUUCCUGGAGACGCGGGCGGGCACGGAAGUGGGGGACAGCGAGCGCCACUCGGGGACCCGGGGGCCGAGGCGGGGGGCCGAGCGUGGGCUCUGGGCCGGGCUGUCCACGUACAACUCCAACCAGUCCAACAACAAGCAGCCGCCCACGAGGCUGCCCGCCGUGAGGGUGCGCGGGGGCCGGGUGGCCGUGGCCGGCGGCCUGGACAGGCAGCCGCAGUUUGUCUAGGUGGGUUCUGGCCCAGGCGUGUCCUGGGUUCAUGCCCAACUGAGUGGCCGCUGGGGCCCAGCCACCCCGGGCCCCUGCUCUGUCCUGGUCUCUCGUCCUCUCUUGUCCCGUCUUUGUCUUUCUCGGG